ACGUCCCCACCCACAGCUGUGCUGCUGCACAAAGCAGCGAGGCCCCUCCUCUCCUCCUCCUGCUGCUGCUCGCUCCAAUCCAUCGCGUUCCGUUCGCCCCAUAUCCUGCAACUAUUCUACCCAGCCGCAAUCGCAAAUCCAGGAGCAACCAGCGGCCGGCUGCCUUCCCUCCGCUUCUCGCCUUCCUUUCCUCCUCGCCCCAAUCAAACCCUAACCCUACGCCACUUCCGCUCCCCCGGUCGCUCUCCCCCUCUAGCGAGCGAGGUCGAUAAACCGGUGCCGGCUGCAGGUCGAUUUCAUAGCAGGAUGAGCGGCGGCGAGCGGGAGCGGGACGACGCCGCGCGUGGGAGCGCCAGCGCCGGCGCGGCGGCCGCGGGCAUCGACUCCUUCUCGCAGCUGCCGUUCAUCCGCCCGUCGGUGCGCGAGAGGAAGCAGCAGCCGUCAUCCCCGCCGCCGCCAGCUACGACGGCGGCAGGAGCCGGGGCUAUACGGCUGUUCGGCUUCGACGUCCCGCCGGACGCCGCCGUGGCGUCCACGACCGGCUCGAAAGAAGCGGCCUUUGCCAAGGAAAGCCCCGCCGCUGGUGCCGCCGCCGCCUCGGACGACGCGACAGCCGAGACGGCGGCGGGCGCGAGCGGCGGCGACGGCGCCAGCGGGGGCAGCCGGAAGUUCGAGUGCCACUACUGCUGCCGGAACUUCCCGACGUCGCAGGCGCUGGGCGGGCACCAGAACGCGCACAAGCGGGAGCGGCAGCACGCCAAGCGCGCGCAGUUCCAGACCGCCAUGUCCAUGCACCACGGCCACUACUACUACCCGCACCACCACCACACGCUCCCGGAUCCCGCCCACCUCUACCCCGCCGCCCUCGCCGCCUACCACCACCGCCUCGCGGCCGCGCCGCCGUCGCACUACCCGGCGUGGGCGGGUGCCGGCGGCAGCGGCAGCUACUACAGCGGGCCCGGGUCCAUCUCGCAGCCGAUCAACGGCAGCCCGGUCGCAACGCCGCCGCCCGCGCUCUGGCGAGUCCCCUCGGCCGGCAUCGGCGUGGUGGGGACGCCGCUGGCCGCGCGGCGGCAGGAGGAGCCCGCGCCGCCACUGGCGGUGCUCGGAGGCGAGGAGCCGGCGGUCGUGGGAGGAGCCGGCUCGCCGUCGACCUCCUCGUCGGCUUCGCCUCACAAGCGCCCCGCCCCGCCGGAGCGUAAAGAGAAUGUGAGUUUGGAUCUGAGCUUGUAGUCUGGGGAAAGGACCGUCGAUCGGUCGGUGACAGGAGUAUAAUUGUUGCCUUUUCUUACGAAACAAAAACGAGUGCCCUCUUUUUUUUUGGCCUCCUCUUUCAUGCUUGCAAUUAUUCAGUUCAGCCUCAAUACCAAUUAGGAUGCUCAAUCAAGUGAUGAUAAGAAAAAUAUGAACCUUCUCAGCCGUUUAUGUGCACUUUAUUUGGAGCUGUUUAAUUCUUCUUGAGGGGUUCUUUUUGCUGAAUUUUCGUACUGAAAAUAAAGGAGCACUAGAGCUCCUGAACUUAUAUCGAUGAACAUAUAUACGUUUUGUCGGAGUACAUUCGCAGUUUCACA